GCCACGCAUGCCAUCGAUGUUAUAAUGACGGCGGAUUUUGCGCCGGGUUCGUUUUGCGAUAUCGUGCGCCAAAACAAUGGUUUUCUUGUGAGCCCUCUUCAAUGGACGUCGCGCCAUCUCGAGCUAGUGGGGUGUCGAUUCGAAGAGGUCGCAACGACUCCUUCGGACACUAAAUCGGAUCAACGCGACAACGGGGAUGGCAUUGGGCGGACGUCUCAUCCCAAGGCCGCAGCUGAUGCGGAGACACUCGCUAUGGAUAUCUUCGCCAUCAUAAAGCGCGAGUGUCUUAUCAGGAUUUUAGUAGGGAGAGAAAAACCCUUUGCACGCCAUAGCAAAGGGCCGUCCUUCUACUUCCAUGGUGGGCCUGUCCACCGACCUAGGUAUAUCGUCUUCCAUAGCAAUGCGAAUGGCACUCCCCCACCAAUACCAGUAGGAUACGUACACUACACAGACGUCAACGGGGAUCGCAGACGACAGUUCGAGCCCUGCCCCGGGCCAAAUGGCACGCUGAACUGGAUCGGCGGCGCGAUUUGUAACAAACGUCUGGCCCAGACCAGCCCACAGGACUGGACCGAAGAUCCCUAUUUCGUGUGUCACUUGUUGGCACUUGCCCAGCACCAGGAUCGUACGCUGAAUCUGACCAAGCCAACCACUUACACUUCACGUCUUCUCGUUACUAACGUUUUAAAUCGGGAAUACAUCGUGUUCUAUGAGGCUGGAAUUACCACCGAGCUAUUGGAUGUGCUGAGAGAUCCGACGCAUGCCAAUACUUCCGUGGAAUGGCCCACUGUCAGGAGGAUAAAACUCCCAUACAAGCCUUAUGACACCUUCGCUGCGCGGCUCACCUCCAUACUAGUGGCGUCUAGUCCCGCCAGCCUGAACAAUUCCUUCGACCUCGAUGGUGGGGAUUGUUUCGCCAGGAACUGUAGGAAACGAGCACACGUGCCGGAAGACAACCAACCAGCCACGGUCAGACACAUUUCAAAACGGCGAGCAACGAGGCGAUAAACAGACUAGGGCACGCCAAUCACCGCCAUAUAUCACAGGUGGGGUAUUGUGAUGGAAGAGUUGCCACAGCACUUUACGACUAGAUGAAUGUUUUGUAUCUGUAUGACACGAGUAAUGACUAGAUU